CCGUGGACUUUGAGCCGAGCCUGGGAGCGGCGCUGGGACGAGUCUGGAGGCGUCCCAAAGGUCCCCGAGAGGGGCUGCGGACACAGCUUUUGUGGCUCUGCAGUGACUGAAAGGGCAGCGAGCUGCAGGAGGGGCUGGACAGUGCCAGGGAGAAGGUGCAGAGCCCCAGGGAGCAGCUGAAGCAGAGACCAUCACCUGUCCCAGCCUGGGGGACACAUCCUGACUGUUCCAGCACCCUGUGAGGAGCCAGUGGCACCACCAUGUCCCUGGAAGAAGGAGCUGAGGAGCCCUUUGAACACCGUGACGUGGUCAUCAACAGCCAGGACAAGGUUUCAGAUGUGUACACGCAGCUGGAGAAGCUCGGGGAGGGGAAGUUUGGGAUGGUGUACAGGCUGCAGGAGAAGGCCACGGGCAGGAUCCGGGCUGGGAAAUAUUUCCGAGCGCGCACGGCCAAGGAGAGGCAGGCGGCGCGCGCCGAGGUGGAGCUGAUGAACCUCCUGCACCACCCACGCCUCGUGCAGUGCCUGGAGGCCUUCCAGGAGCCCACCCAGCUGGUGAUGGUCAUGGAGUACGUGGCAGGUGGGGAGCUCUUUGAGCGCAUUGUGGACGACGACUUCGAGCACACGGAGCCCAGCAGUGCCCAGUACAUGCAGCAGAUCCUGGAGGGGCUGCAGUUCAUGCACGGCCAGGCCAUCGUGCACCUGGACCUGAAACCCGAGAACAUCGUCUGCGUCAGCCCCGACAGCCACCGCGUCAAGAUCAUCGACUUUGGGCUGGCACGGAGGCUGGCUCCAGACACCCCUGUGAAGGUUCUCCACGGCACCCCCGAGUUCAUGGCUCCCGAAGUGGUCGCCUUCGAGCCCGUGAGCUUCUCCACGGACAUGUGGAGCGUUGGUGUCAUCUGCUACAUCCUGCUGAGUGGGGAGUCACCCUUCCAGGGGGACACGGACAUGGAGACCCUGAGCAAUGUCACAGCUGCCCGGUGGGACUUUGAGGAGGAGAGCUUCUCUGAGAUCUCCCAGCAAGCCAAGGACUUCAUCAGCCAACUGCUGCAGAAGGAGCCCAGCCGGCGGCUCCCCAGCGCAGGGGCUCUGCUGCACCCCUGGCUGCAGCAGCCCCAGCCCAGCAGCCCCAAGGUGCUGUCCAAGGAGAGGAUCAGGCAGUUCCUGGCACGGAGGAAGUGGCAGAAAACAGGGAAAGCCCUGCUGGCCCUCAAGAGGCUGACCCUGCUGUCCCAGAGCCUGGAGGGGAAGGCAACAGAGGCUCAGGAUGAGGAAGGCCUAGAGGAGGACCAGCCCUCCAGAGCUCUGCCUCAACCAGGUGCCAACCCCUCAGAGCUGCUGCCAGACCAGGAGGAGGAGGAGGAGGAUGGUGAGAGCACUGCAGCCUCAGGGCAGUGACAGCAUGGCCCUGUCACCCCAUCCUGGAGCACCUGGAGAUGGGGAUGGAGCCCCCCAGCAGCUCCCAGGGUGUCCUGGCCAGCCUGGGGCACACCCAGACCCUCCUGGGGUGAGCUCUGG